UAAACGUCAAAUUUUUAAAUUUGUAAUGCUAGUUGCAACUACAGUACCUCGCUUCUGGUCUAAUGAUAAAUUUUAAAAGAUAGUGGUACAAUGUUAAAUGAAAUCACAUAAUAAGUGGACAAAUGGUGUUAUUGUGACAUGUUUCUUAAAUAUUAAAAUAAAUAAACAGACAUUUUUAAUACUGAUAAGCCACCAUGGAAGAGCCAAUAUUACGUUAUGAAAAAAUAGACUUUUUGGGCGAAGGACAGUUUGCUACUGUGUAUAAAGCUCGCGAUGUGAAAACUGAUAAAAUCGUGGCUGUCAAGAAAAUUAAGAUUGGCUCUCGUUUAGAAGCCCAGGAUGGAAUUAAUCGUACUGCUCUCAGGGAAAUCAAACUUUUACAAGAACUACAGCAUAUUAACCUCAUCGGACUUCUUGAUGUAUUUGGACAGAAAUCUAAUGUUUCAUUGGUGUUUGACUUUAUGGAUACUGAUUUGGAAAUAGUUAUUAAGGACAGUAGUAUUGUACUUACACCUGCAAAUGUCAAAUCUUAUAUGAUAAUGACUUUGAAAGGUCUGGAAUAUUUACAUCAGAAUUGGAUACUGCACAGAGAUCUCAAACCAAAUAAUUUGCUAAUUAAUAGAGAAGGUAUAUUAAAGAUAGGUGAUUUUGGUUUAGCUAAAGCAUUUGGAUCACCUAGCAGAAUAAAUACACACCAAGUGGUCACAAGGUGGUACAGAUCUCCAGAACUUCUAUUUGGCGCGAGGCAGUAUGGAACUGGUGUUGAUAUGUGGGCGGUGGGAUGUAUUUUAGCUGAAUUACUACUCAGAGUUCCCUUCCUUCCUGGAGAGUCAGACUUAGAUCAAUUAUCACGCAUAUUUCAAGUGUUUGGUACUCCUACUGAGGAAAUUUGGCCGGGCAUGAAAACUCUAACGGACUACGUGCAAUACAAGCAGUUCCCGGCUCAACAGCUGCGUCAUAUCUUCAGCGCAGCCGCUGACGACCUGAUACAAUUACUGGAGAGCCUUCUAGCGCUGUAUCCACCGCGACGUUGUGACUGCACGCAGGCGCUAAUGAUGCCCUACUUCAGUAACAAACCAGCUCCAUCAUUUGGACCCAAAUUACCGAUGCCUUCGAAUGUUACUAAAAUUGAAGUGGAGAAACCGUCUCUAAAAAGGAAGUUACUAGACAACAUAGACGGGGGCUCCCUCGCUAAGAGACUUCAGUUUUAAUGUCUAAUGGCAAAACACAUUUACUGAGAACCCUGCCAGAAUACGAAAUUUGAGCCGAUAGUUUAAUGUUUCCUGAUCAGUAUGAUAAGUACAAAGAACAUUUUACUGAGUAAUCAAACUAAACUAUUGACGAUAAACUUUGUAUUAUACAGGGUGUGUUGAGUACUGAAAUAAUUAAAUGACAUUGUUAAGUGCAAUGAUUAUAAUAAAGGGUUAUUAGGAGGAUGUCAAAUUACUAUUUUACAACUAUGAUAUUAUGAAGCUGGUCUUGACGCAUCCUACUGACAAUUUGAUUUUAAGACGAGUAUGAAAUAUAUAUUUGAUAAUUA